AUGGUGGUCCUUUACCUCUGUCCUGCGCAUGGGGCACCGCCAGUCAGACCGCCGUCGGAGGAGGAGGCCCCCUUGGCGCCUCCUACCUUUGUCCUGAUGUCCUUUACCAAACUGGCUUCCCCAAACGCCCAAAGUCCCGGGCCGGAGCCCCAGGGCCGUCCCGCCGCCCUACAGCCGACAACCGCCCUCCCGCCGAGCAUCCGGGUCAACACGCCCGAACAGAUUCUGAUAGCCCACAGGAACCGGGAACAGAUUCUGUUGGGUCACUUGGGAGCCCCCGUAGAGGUCCCGAGUAAUGGCUCCGGUGGUUCCGGUGGUUCCGGCGGUUCGGGUCCGGCGAGGGUUCCGGAGAUAACAAAGCCGACUCCGGUGGCGGCGCGAGGACACCAGCUGGCGAUACCGAGUCCGCUGUUCGCUUUGCCGACGUUGUCUUUCACGGCGGAACAGGUGAGUUCGGUUUGCGAGACCUUGGAGGAAUCAGGAGACAUCGAAAGGUUGGCCAGGUUUCUUUGGUCCAUUCCGAUUGCCCAUCCGAAUAUUCUGGAGUUGGACAGGUCGGAGGCCGUCUUAAGGGCCAGGGCCAUCGUGGCCUUCCACAGUGGACACUUUAGGGAGUUAUAUGCGAUUCUGGAGAGGCACAAAUUCACGAGGGACUCCCAUGGAAAACUGCAGGCUAUGUGGCUGGAGGCCCAUUAUCAGGAAGCAGAGAAGUUAAGAGGUCGUCCUUUGGGUCCAGUCGAUAAAUACAGGGUCCGAAAAAAGUUUCCUCUACCUCGGACUAUUUGGGAUGGCGAACAGAAGACACAUUGUUUCAAGGAGAGAACGAGGUGUCUUCUUAGAGAAUGGUACCUCCAGGACCCCUACCCGAACCCUACGAAGAAACGAGAGCUGGCCCAGGCGACCGGUUUGACUCCGACCCAAGUCGGAAAUUGGUUCAAAAAUCGGAGGCAAAGGGACAGGGCGGCCGCUGCCAAAAAUAGGUAA